CGCAGUCUCGAGCUGACGCGGCUGGGCAGCUUGGCGGCGGCCAUGGAGCCGGACGGGGAGCAGCUGGCCGCGCGGCCAGCCCUGGAGACAGAGGGGCUGCGCUUCCUGCACGUCACGGUGGGCUCCCUGCUGGCCACCUAUGGCUGGUACAUCCUCUUCAGCUGCAUCCUCCUCUACGUGGUCUUUCAGAAGCUCUCCACCCGGCUGAGGGUCUUGAGGCAGAGGCAGCUGGACCAGGCUGCAGCAGCUGUGGAGCCUGAUGUUGUUGUUAAACGGCAAGAGGCUUUAGCAGCUGCUCGUUUGAAAAUGCAAGAGGAAUUAAAUGCCCAAGUUGAAAAACAUAAAGAAAAACUAAAACAGCUUGAAGAAGAAAAAAGAAGACAGAAGAUAGAAAUGUGGGACAGCAUGCAAGAGGGGAAAAGCUACAGAGGAAGCGCAAGGAAGCCGCAGGAGGAAGACAGCCCUGGGCCUUCCACUUCAGUCAUCCCCAAACGAAAACCCGACAGGAAGCCUUUGCGAGGAGGCGGGUACAACCCUUUGUCUGGUGAAGGAGGGGGAGCCUGCUCCUGGAGACCCGGACGCAGAGGCCCGACAUCUGGUGGAUGAGGCUAAGAGUCUUGUUAGUGUCGUCUUUGACAUUAGCAAGAAGAAUCCUUAACCCUCAAUUCAACUGCCUCAACGCACACUUUUCACAGUGACUAGCCAGGGAGUGGAGUUUCUUUCUUUUCUUAGCUUUACCUUUAAGGGAGAAAGCCAGCACACCAGAAUCAGUAGAUCAUUGGCCACACUUCACUAAAUCUAUUCAUUGGUUUAUGGUAAUUGCUAGUUAGUAGGUGAACGCCUCUAGGUGAUGAGCAAUUUUGACGAAAGAGUUGGAUUUCUAAGGCUGGCAGGUAGGGCGUGUCUGUGACGGGUGCGUUGAAUGAUGUCUUCCUCGGAAACGGUGAGCCACCGGUGAGGAUUACUGAUGCAGACAGUUAUUGAGGUAGUUUCUGUAUAUUUGUUUUUAUGUACAGAACUUUGUAGAAAACUUGUAAAUAUUAAAACAAUGCAAAAACCGUU